GAGGCGGACUGAAUCGAGCUAGCCGAGACCUCGGUUAGUCUUAAAACGCCUACGUCGCAGGAACGUUCUUGAUCGUAUUGCGUCGGUGAUCUAGAUCUCAUCGAUCCUGUCUCAGGACGCACUCGCAGCUGUCUGACAGGAAAUCAUGAAAACUGAAAGGGUGUCGUUGUUCCUGACUAUAUUGGCGCUAUCGUUGAUAGUCGCCGACGUCGAGGCAGGAUGGAAGUUCUGGAAAAAGGACAAAGAUACUACUACUACGACUACGACUACGACUACGACGGCAGCUCCAAGUACAGUUGCUACUCCGACGACUAGCAAGUUGGCGAAUAGUCCACCAAAUGUAGGAUCGAUCGUACUCGGCGCAGGUGAUCCUGCGUUGGCGGUAGGUGUUUCUUCAACCGGACAAAAUAUAAGAAACAAUGCGCGACCAAAUAAACCGAACCCAGGAACCGAAGUGGGCCUGGAUCUUCCGUUGCCUAAACCAGGAAGCCCAGGACUCGGUGGUAAGAGUGGACAGGGAUAUAGGGAUUGGGCGGUGGAUCUCACCGGAGCUGGAGAAUCUGGAAGACAAUCGCCAAAAUUACCUGGGCAAGGACCAGCAUUGAGCGGUGCUGGUUCUAAACCGACAUCGGUUCCCGGAGCUACACCGCAGCCACAAACACCAGGUGCUAAACCAACACCAGCUCCAGCAGUUACUCCCGCGCCUCGACCUCAACUUCAACCUCAAAAACCUCAACAACCCCAACAACCUCAGCCGCAAUCACCAGUAGCCGUUGGACCAGGACGAUUACCACCGACCUCCGAUCAACAUAGCACCGGUGGGAAUCAAGUAUCUACGUUGCACGUGGGUUCUUUGAAACCUACGAGUACAACGGCCCGACCUCUCUCUAGACCUGCAAGUCCUACUUCGAUAGGAAGCUCUGGUUCGCCGGAAAGAAGUUGGGCCGAUGUUGCCGGUGGCGGUAGCAGACCUAACUCUCCUACACCCUCCUCAAGACAACCAGGAUAUCCGAGCCAACCAGGACAACCUCAACCAAGACCCGAAACACCGACGCGACCCGGACAAACGAGACCGUCUACGGGAGCAAUAGCUGCAGGUGGUGCAUUAGCUACGGGUGGUGUACUAGCUGCGAGUGGUGCAGUUGCAGGCGCGGCAACGGGAGAAGCGAACAAGGUCUAUUCGAGCAACCCGACCUACAGCAAAGGAAACACGAUCACCGACGAGGAUUUGGAAAAACUUUCCGAAGCUCUAUUCAUCAAAGACAAUAACAAUGCGAACAGAUACAUAACGUUGAAUCUACAGAAGCAAACAACUAGCAGUAGCACGGUAGACGAUGCAUCGCAACCGUUGUUUACGGUGAACGCGGAAGCGUUCCAGGUACCCACGGUGCAAAAAGUUAUAACCAUCUACGAUAACUACCAACCGGACACCAACGUGAACGAGCAUAUAAGCCCGAUACAGAGACAGGAGGAAAGCCUCCUGGUGGACACGUUCCUCAGCACGAACGUGAUGUCAGCUGCCAUGCGGUUUCUAGCGGAGAAAGGGAAGAUUCGCAAGGAUUAUUACGAGUACAAGGAAACCUUGAGGAAGAUAUGGUUCAAUCUGUUCUCCCGUGGACAAGGAAAGAUCGGUAGCUCGGGAUUCGAACACGUUUUUAUGGCGGAACUUAAGAACGCAGCCACUGGUACCGAAGUAGUCGGCCUGCACAAUUGGAUCUUUUAUAGCAAACAAGAGACGAGCGGUAAAGCGGAUUACAAUGGAUAUUUAAAGAAAGUUGAUUUGGGAAACAAAGCUUCCAUUGUCAAAAUACGCACAAAGUAUAACGGGUUUGAUAAACCCGUGACGACUAUAUUUGUGGGUACCUCGCCCGAACUAGAGAUGGCACUUUACACGGUUUGUUUCUAUGCACGGCCAGACGAAAACUGUCCAGUGUCCUUGGGAGGCACUAGAUUCAACAUUGUCACGCAUAAGUUCAAGUACAGAGGCAACGAUCUCGUAGGAACAGCGUAUCCCGAGAUAUAAAUUAUUCCCAAACAUAUUAUUUUUUGACCAAGCAUCACGUAAUUUUGUCACAUGUACAAAAAUGAUUAAUAAAAGAGCCUAUACUCGAUAACCGGCGCCGGUAUAAAAGAAAGGCAACCGUGUAAUCUUGCAUGCUUUUUCUACCUUUCGAUUGUUCAGAAAUGUUUUUCGUCGACUCUAACCGUUUACACUCUAAAAUUAUGUGCUCGAUGUUUGUUUGGAAAUCUACCGAAAUGUUUCGAGUCGAUAAAAAUUGUAUUCCUAUGCCUCGCAUAAAUAAAUUUGCCUUCCUUCGGA